CGCUCCACACCCCUGGACAACGCACGAAGUUCAAUUGGUCAACAUCGCUCAUCACCGUCAGUAAAUCACAUCUCACACCUUACAUUGCAUACGAACAGUACGGAUCAGAUGUUCAAGCCCUCCUCACGCAAUGCCCACCAAAGCGACGACGACGGGGCAGUAUGGCACAAGGUCGACGCGGACAAGAUCCGCACGCCAGCUGGCAGAAUUGCCCCAAAGCCCGCUGCGCCCACAGGCCGCAUUGGUGCACGAUCCAGUGGAUGACCUGGCAUCGAAGUUAAAAGACACCAGAAUUGUCGAUCAGAAGCCUUUGGGAAAAUCGCCGCGGAAAUCAAUCGCAGUUAUCGACCUCACGCAGGACGAAGAUGCGGAGGAGAAGGUGCACCACAGCCCACCCCGCAAGGCUCACGAGCGCACAAACACAGCCGACCAUGGGAAUCAAGUGAACGGCCUCGACGAAGACAACUUGAGAUCUCUCACAUGGGACGAGGUCUGUCCGCCCGGCGACUCUAUCCAGAAAAUUGCCGAAGCGUCGUACGCAGAAGUCUACCGCGUCACCAACGAGCGCGGGACCAGCAUCAUCAAAGUCAUCCGCCUCGAGUCGCCCAUCAAAGCGCAGACAAAGGCACAGGUCAAGUCAAGCUUGGUCGACGAAGAGCCUCGGUCCGCCGUCGACGUGGCGGGUGAGCUGCAGAUCUCGGAGUUGUUGGUGGACAUACCGGGCUUCGUGGUGUACAAGGAGCGUUACAUUGUACGGGGGAAGACAACAAAAGGGUUGCUGGAGACGCAUCAAGCUUUCCAGAAGAAGAUGAAGAGAGAGGAUCCCGGGCGGGCCCAGUUCUAUCCUUCCCCGAGUCGCUACCUGGAUGGCACCAAGUUUCUGGUGGUGGAGCUGGGCGACGCGGGCAAAGCGCUCGAGGAUUUCGAGCUCACGACUGAAAGUCAGCUUUGGGACGUCUUCCUGCUGCAGGCCAUUGCGCUGGCACGGGCGGAAGACCACGCCAUGUUCGAGCAUCGCGACCUACACGAGGGCAACCUAUGUAUCCGGCAAGUUUCCUCUCCCCGGGCGAAACCAGCAGACGCGCCACAGCCCUUUGGCUACUCUGGCCUUGACAUCACCAUCCUCGACUACGGCCUCUCGCGAGCCGAAGACAUGUCUGUGGACUUUGCCAAGCCAGUUGCGUCUGACCUGGAACGAGACCUGAGCCUGUUCACUAGCACUCAUGCGCCGCAGUGCAAGGUGUAUCGCCAGAUGCGUUCGUUCCUACUCAAAGCCGAUCGCACUUGUCUGCCGCCCGAGGAGCACUGCGUCCCGUAUGCAAAGGGGGUGGAUGGUCCGCUGUCCUGGGAAGUAUAUGCGCCGUACACCAAUGUGCUGUGGCUUGCCUAUCUCUACGAGUACUUGAUUAAGAACUUCAAGGGCGAAAGAGCCGAGGUUCUCGCCUUUCGAAGGGCUACUAGGGAAUUUUGGAUCUAUCUGAACCCUAGAGCAAAGCCCGACGUGCCCAUGUUCGGCAGCGCCGCUGACAUUGUGUGCUAUGCUGUCGAAGCCGGCUGGAUGAGCGAGGGCCAGAUCCUGGAGGGUGCCUCAGUCGUCGAGAGAGAAGACACCAGCAUCAUUCUAUCGAAGGAGGAUGCCGCCGCGGAUGCCGAUCUAUCGACGAGACAAUCGCCGAGGAGACGCACGAGGACGCGGGAACUGUGAGCUUCCAUUUUGCAUGAUUUUGGCGUUGAUACAUAUGAGAUACCCAUGAAUGAGACUUUGGUAGCGUUGAGUUUACGUAGGCGAAUCUGACAUUGAGGCUUGACUCGUUAUUGAUGGCAGCUGGUGCAUGAUGCAGACGGAAAUGAGCAGCGCCUCCCCGCGUGUCGUGACAAUGAUGGACUUGCUCGAAGUGUGCCUCAUCUCCGAAUGAAGAUCAUAUCACACGCCGCUCAAUUCUGUUAAGAAAGACACGUAAUCAUGGUGGUGACGCUAACAGACCCCACGUCCGUCCGGCGACCUCGGUGUUCCCC